AUGAAAAAGUGGUUUGAUUUGCGUAAAAGAUUGAAAUCGGACGACACAAUUGAUAAAUUUCAACAUGAGCAAUUCAAGAAGGAAGCGGAUUAUUGGAAACAAGUCCUUUUUAGAAUCAUUGCGCUAAUCAAGUUUCUUGCUAAGCAUAAUUUAGCAUUUCGUGGAAAUAAAGAAAAGUUGUAUGAAAAAGAAGACGGUUAUUCCCCAGAAGCAUGCAUUGCAUAUAGAAUAUUGUUGACUAUUCCAGUCACUGUGGCAUCUGCAGAAAGAAGUUUUUCGAAGUUGAAGUUAUUGAAAUCUUACCUACGAUCUUCAAUGUCCCAAGAAAGACUUAGUGGGUUGGCGAUGAUUGCUAUCGAGAACGAAGUCUUAGAUGAUAUAAACUGUGAAGAGUUGAUUCACCAAUUUGCUAUCAAGAAUGCAAGGAGAGCUUCACGAAUCAUUGGUUAG